CGCCGCCGCCGGCGGCAGCGGGGCGGACGCGCGCGAGUCCUGGUCCUCCAACGCCGACUUCCUGCUCUCCAUCAUCGGCUUCGCCGUCGACCUCGCCAACGUGUGGCGCUUCCCCUACCUCUGCUACAGGAACGGCGGCGGCGCGUUCCUGGUGCCGUACUCGCUGAUGCUGGUGUUCGGCGCCGUUCCGCUCUUCUACAUGGAGCUCAUCCUGGGCCAGUACAACCGCCAGGGGCCCAUCAGCGUCUGGAGGAUCUGCCCGCUCUUCAAGGGCGUGGGCUUCUGCGCUGUGCUGGUGGCGUUCUACGUGUCGUUCUACUACAACGUCAUCAUCGGCUGGGCGCUGUACUUCCUGGUGGCGAGCGCGGCGCCCGAGCUGCCGUGGCUGCACUGCAACAACUCGUGGAACACCGAGUGGUGCUGGGACUCGAGCGCGGGGUCGCGUGCCCAGGUGGCCGCCUCCGCCGCCGCCGCAGCCGCCGCCGCCAACUCGUCCGCCCCCGCCGCCGCCGUCGCCGCCGCCGCCAACGCCUCCGCCGCCGCCUCCGCAGCCGCCGCGGCCGCUGUCGCCAGGCUGCCGCACUCGCCCGCCUCCGAAUACUUCCACCGCGCGGUCCUGGAGAUGCAGUGGAGUGACGGGCUGCACGCCAUGGGCUACCCCAAGUGGCAGCUGGUGCUGUGCCUGCUGCUCGUCUACACCAUGCUCUACCUCUCGCUCUUCAAGGGCGUCAAGUCCUCAGGCAAGGUGGUGUGGGCGACGGCGACGCUACCGUACGUGGUGCUGUCCAUCCUGCUGGUGCGCGGCCUAAUGCUGCCGGGGGCGCUGUCGGGCAUCUCCUACUACCUGCACCCCGAGCUCUCCAGGCUGGCCGACACCCAGGUGUGGGUGGACGCUGCUGUCCAGAUCUUUUAUUCCGUCGGAGCGGGCUUCGGCGUGCAUCUCUCAUACGCCAGUUACAACACAUUCCACAAUAACUGUUUCAGGGACUGCCUCAUCACGACGGCGGUGAACUGCUUCACGAGUUUCUUCUCCGGCUUCGUCAUCUUCACGUACCUGGGCUUCAUGGCGCACAAGCAGGGCGUGCACAUCAGCGCCGUGGCUACCGAAGGACCUGGGCUGGUCUUCCAAGUGUACCCAGAGGCAGUGGCGACUUUGCCAGGCUCUCAUUUCUGGUCCAUGCUGUUCUUCUUCAUGCUCAUCAUGCUGGGGCUUGACAGUGCGAUGGGUGGUAUGGAAUGUGUUAUCACAGGUCUGAUGGAUGAAUUUCAUGGUUUCUUCCACGGAAAGAAAUUUGCCAGAGAAAUAUUUACACUCAUAGCAGCCGCAGUUUCUUUCUCCAUUGCACUCAUUAAUGUCACUCCGGGAGGAAUAUACAUGUUUCACCUGUUUGAUACAUAUUCAGCAGGCAUUUCACUUCUCUGUUCCGCACUGUUUGAAGCAAUUGCUGUUUCUUGGUUCUAUGGAUUGGAGCGAUUCUCUAGGGAUGUUGAAGCAAUGCUUGGCUCAAAACCAGGCAUUUACUGGAGGAUAUGUUGGAAAUUCAUAAGUCCCUCCUUUAUUGUGGGUGUUGUGAUGUUUGGUCUCCUGUACCACCAGCCCUUACAGUACAAUGAUUAUCACUACCCAAGCUGGGCUGAAUGGGUGGGCUGGGGACUUGCUCUGUCGUCCAUACUCAUGAUACCACUUGUAGCCACUGUCCAACUGCUAAGUUCCACAGGCACAUGUAAAGAGAGACUGGCCUACAAUAUCUCACCUUUGGAAGAACAUGAAGCCAUAAGAGAAACUGGUGUGGUGACAAGAUUCAGGUGUAGACAUUGGCUAUAUGUGUGAAGAUUUUGUUUUCUCAUAUACUGGGACUACUUUGGCAACUACUGCCUUCAGCCUACCAGUUAACUUAUAAAAUUUGUACCAGGUUAAUUUCAUAUGUGAAGGCAACAUUUUUAUGUGACUGAAUGAGACACCAUUUUUGUGAUGAUUUUUUAAAAUACUUUGUAGUAAAAUGUCUCAAAGUGGUGUUGAAAUAAUAUAUUAAUUUGUGUGUUCAAGACUUGCCUUGUGCACAGUGCAAAGUAUUAAGUCUUCAUCAAAACAGCUGUGUGCAGAAUGUAUCAGACCCUUAGUUUUGUAGUUUGAAAUGAUCGUAUCUGAACUCCAUUAAUAGGAAAAAGUGUGCCAAAAUGUAAAAUAGCUUGGAUAAACUGGUACGAUAAUAUCUAUGCAAAAUUUAAUAUUUUUAAAAGUUAUUGUAACAGAAACCUGAAUUAACUGCAGCAAAAGUUUCUUCAGUCACCACUGCAUCACAGUCAGGUAUUGCUGCUAUCUGUACUAUUGUUGCUCAAGUGCUGAAUAAUGUGAGGUAAUUUCAGUAUUUUCUGAACAAAAAUGUAAUAGUAAAUGCACUGCAAAAAUGACAUUAAAUUUUGGGGUUUUUGUAACUAUUAUGAUGACAGCAUACAUAAGGUAGAACAAACCUGUUAAAUUAGGGAAGCUUUAUUGUGCCAAAAUCAGGAUUCAUUACAGUAAUUCAAGAGAAAGUAAUUUCACUGUAAUAUAGUGUGAAAUGAAUCCCAAAAGUUUAGAAACAAUGGAUGAAGAGUGACAUUAUACAACCGUUAUAACAAUUUACAUGUUAAUUACAUUUACUAAAAUAUAUGGAAACCAAUGAUGGAAAUAAUACUAAUGAAGACUUGAUAAGCCAACCUUGCUGAAUAGGUGAGAAAAACAAGGAGAUGAAAUGUUCUGAUCCAGUGACUUUAGAAACACUUUGUUCUUCUUUCAGAAUGAAGUAAAAAAAAUUGGCAAAGACAUUUGAAGGACUAGUAAGUGAUUCAUAUCACCAAUGCAUCAUAUAUAGUUAUACUAAUAAAACCUAUGUACUUGACUUUGUACAGUGGUACACAAACAAGUAA